GUCAUUGCAUUUUUCUAUAUAAUUCAACUCCCCUACACUCCAUUUCCACUUUGACUGUACUCAAAUCACGCUUGCUCCCUCUCCUCAACUACUUCCCUUUAUCUCUCUCUCUUUCUCUUUCUCUCUCUCUCUCUCUUCAAUCUUUUGCCUUGGUUAUUAAAGGGUUUUCAGGUGAAAGGAGUAUAGUUGUGGUUUCUUAAUCUUCGUGGAUAAGGAUAAAACAGCAUGCGGUGGUGGUUUAGUCUCUCUAUUGACGUAUACAGAAAAGUUAUUUCUUUGAACCUCUAUUGCAAAGUGAUUCUGUAGCUUCCAUAAUUUCACAAACCUUUGAUUCAAAAACCCUUUCAAUUUUCUCAUUUUUCUUCUUUAACUCUUCUCAAUGGGAUCCAAUUUCUUUGUUGUUGUUCCUUGUUAUGUUCGCCAGAUCAGCUGAAUAAUAGUUACCCUUCUUGUUUUUAACCCUUUCUUUUCACCUCUAUUAACCUUUUUAGAAACCUUUUUCCUUAGUUUUAAGUUAUUUGUUAGUGUUGUUUCAAUUCAACAAGAUCUGUUUUGAAUUGGGUUUGAAGUGUUAGUGAAUCAUCAAUUUGUUGUUGUUUGGAACAUUGUGGUUGUUGUGUUCUAUAUUUGAAGGGUUGAAAAGUAGUUAUGGUGUGCCAAGCAGCUAGUCAAACCAGAUUUAGGGCAUUGAAACAUGAAAAUGGAAGUUCAGGAUGUUCAACCAUUAUAGUUAGAGUUAUAGCAUGCUUUCAACCUCUCAGAGAAUGCCAGGCUGAAUAUUUCAGACAGUUGCUUAAACCUGUGACGUAAUUGUUUUGUUUUCCUUUGCUCUUUUUGGGUUAAACCGGUGGUUUUAGUUGUUUUCAUUGUUGGUGUAUAAGAGAAACCAAUAGUAAAGAGAUAGCUCUUGGUGUUUGAAUCAAUUUUUCUUAAGGUGAUUGUUGUGGUUGAAUGGGAGAAAAUUGUGGAACCUGGUCACCUCAGGUGCAAUAUAAUUUGCAAUCACCCAAUUUGAGUUCCUUCUGUGCUCCCUUUGUGUUAGGGAAGCAAAAUGCUGCUUCUGCAGCUAUGAACCCGGGUGUCGGUAUCGAUAUGAAUACAAUAACAAGGAAUGAGGCAGUUCCAGUUUAUGGAUCCUCUGCAUUACCUCAUAUGCAGUUAGGACAUUCAAAUGAACCUCAUGGUUGGUUUUAUUGUUUGCCUCGGUUCCGACAGGGUUUUACGUGUCCUCCAAACUUUACUUCCGAGGAAAAACUCCCUCCUGCUAGUCAUUUGAAGGGUAUUAAGGAGGAAAUUGCACCCAGUGGGGAUUUGGGGUUCCCUCAGAAGCAGUUCCUUGUCAUUGAUCAAUCAGGUGAUCAAACAACUCUGAUUUACAGUUCAAGAUUUGGGAGCCCUGUUGAGUGCUUUGGUUCAUGGGAUUCAAAAUUUCAUGGUUGUAACAAUUUGAAUGGGAAUAAUGAACCUUCUUUAAGAAGAGAUGUGAAUCAUGUUGGAGUUGGACCAACUUUCAAUUAUAAAGUUGAUGAAAAUGAGAAUCAAGGUACCGAGAUUGAAAGCGAGAUGCACGAAGAUACAGAGGAGAUCAAUGCAUUGCUUUACUCAGACAGUGAUGGUUAUUCUACCGAGGAUGAUGAAGUUACCAGCACUGGACAUUCUCCGAGUACGAUGACCACUCAUGAUAACCAGAAACCUAUUGGAAUCAGAGGAACUGCCGAAGAAGUGGCUAGCUCCUCCCCUGGAAAAACUAAGAAACGUAAGCUAUUUGAUGUGGCUUAUGAUGAUGAUGUGCAGUUUUUGGACACUGCAAGUUCUCUAAAACAAAACCUACCCUUCGACCACAAGGGUGACGACGACGAUGAUGCAGAAUCAAGAUGCUCGGGUAGCAAUUACAGUCGAGGGUCAGGUGAAAUGGGUUCCUUAACAGGCAAUAAGAAGAUGAGAAAGGAAAAGAUUCAAGAUGUUCUAAGCAUUCUGCAAUGCAUAGUUCCUAAUGGAAAGGACAAGGAACCAAUCCAGCUUCUUGAUGAAGCCAUACGUUGCUUGAAAUCCUUGAAACUCAAGGCACGAGCUCUUGGACUCGAUGCCUUAUAAAUUGUGGAGAAUAUCAGUUAUCCACGUUAUUACUUAUUAAGUAGUACUUUAUAUUUUGAGAUUUCUGUAGAAUAAACAAGGUAAGUUCAUGUUUUAUCAUCAGAGGAAGUAUUAAGCAAAAGUUCUUAAGUACUGGAGCCUGAAAUUGUGAAAUCCACAUAUCCUUUUGAGAACUUCCUCAGUUGUUAAUUUGGUGCCUUAAAAAUCAGCUGUUUUUUAAAUGCAACAUGUGUGUUGUGCAUGAAGAAUGAAGAAAGAGGGAAAUCACUCAUACUCACUACUAAGCAAAUUAUGGCACAAUAAAGGAAAAAAUGAAUGAUUAAGUCCAUUUCUUAGGGGUUAGAGAAAGUAGCACUAACGCAAUAGCAUGAGAUAUGAGUUGUUUUUGAAUGAGAAGACUAGUUGUUCCAAAAGGGCAUCCCCCAAAAAACAAGAGUGCACGCCUCUUGGCUGUCAUGGGACCCAAUUUCACUUCCUCUUUUUGUAUCUUUGUCAUGUUCAAUCCUUUUGUGGGUUUACCUUUUUCCUUCAUGUGUAAAAUUUAUCACUACCUAAGGCUAUAAGCACUAACACCUUAUUCCCUUUUGUGAGAAGAAGACUGAGACAACUUUAUGUUGAUGACGAGGGGACCUCAUAUUCAUUCACUUGAAUGGAUGGAUGGUGUAGUAGUAAUGUGUUACUCAGCCUUUUGUUUGAAAAAAAUCUGAUUUUUUAUGUUGUAUGUUUUUUGUUUAGUAUGUGUGUAUUGUAAUUGGUGUAUGGACUACUAGUACUUAUGAUAUCUUGGUUGGAUGUAAUUUAAUGUGGUUGGUGUUACUGUUG